ACUAAGAAUGCUCACUUCUACUGGACUUUGUUGCCAUAAUUGUAAAAGGCUGCAAGUUUCUGUCAUCUUACUUAAAAAAUGGCAGGGUCUCAGUGCUGCGAGAAUCCACCAACACUGAUCCCUGGGUAUGGAGCUGGCUCUGUCACUGAAAUCGGAGGUCUCAAAGCAUAUGUUAGUGGACCUUCUGAUUCCAAGCUCUCAGUUCUUCUCAUCUCUGCUAUUUUUGGAUAUGAGGAACCAAGCUUGAGGAAGCUCGCUGAUAAAGCUGCAGCUGCGGGAUUCUACGUGGUGGUGCCUGACUUUUUCAAUGGAGACCCUUAUGUACCUGAAAAUGUUGAGGGGCAUAGGCCAUUACCUGUUUGGAUAAAGUCUCAUGGAACGGAUAAAGGAUAUGAAGACGCAAAGCCAGUUAUUGCUGCUUUAAAAAGUAAAGGCAUAUCAGCAAUAGGAGCCGCAGGAUUCUGCUGGGGUGCCAAGGUGGUUGUAGAACUAUCAAAGUCUGAUCACAUUCAAGCUGCAGUGAUUCUACAUCCUUCCUUCGUCACCGUAGAUGAUAUCAGAGAGAGUAAGGCACCAAUUGCUGUCUUGGGAGCUGAAAAUGAUCAUCUCUCUCCCCCUUCACUUCUCAAACAGUUUGAAGAAGUUCUAUCUGCCAAAACCGAGAUUAACAGCUAUGUCAAGAUAUUUCCUGGUGUUUCACAUGGAUGGAGCAUCCGGUACGACACAGAAGACGAAAGCUCGGUCAGAAGUGCUGAAGAAGCUCAGAAAGAUAUGCUGGACUGGUUUGUUGAGCAUGUAAAAUGAUAGGAUGGAUGUUAGCUCAAAGAGCAUAUUUAUAGAACUCUUAAUAUGCUCCUAUGCUACCUUGAUUUAAAUAAUGUGUACCAUCCGAAUAUUAUUACUCAAAGUCGUAUGUGGGGAUGGGCAAACCUCGGUUUGAUUUGAUUUGAUUCAGUAAAGUUUGAAAUAUGGAAAAAUUAAA